AUGAUCUUGGAGCAUGAAGCCGAAGUGAUGACGAAGCCAAGGUUUGGAACACCCAUAAGCAUGCGUAGUAUGAGCGCUCAAACCUCGGUCUGGUUUCGGGUUUCCUGGUAUGAUCGGUGGUGUCACCAGUAUUUUCAGAGGUGUGGCAUCCCUGUAGCCGACUACAUUCCUUUCUUUGGGAACAUACUGCAAUGGCGUCAUGGACUCCAACACACUUUUACCGAGUACGUAAAGAAGCAUGGCAGAGUCGUCGGGAUGUAUGAUUUCCGACGUCCAGUACUGAUUAUCAAUGAUCCUGACAUUUUGAAGAAUGUCUUGGUCAAGAAUUUCUCCAGUUUCUACAACAGGAGGAUGUCGGAGACGAUCAAUGAAUGUUGUGAUACCUUGGUGGCAAGUUUCAGCAAGGCCCAGGAGGGAGGAAAAGCCGCCGACUGCAGAGUGUUGUUUGGUGGUUUCACCAUGGACGCCAUUGCCAAGUGUGGAUUCGGCCUCAAAGUUGACUCCCAGCAGAACAAGGAUGAUCCUUUCGUCAAGAACGCAAAGAAGGCCUUCGAUUUCAGCUUCUUCAAUCCCGCUUUCAUGAUCGUCU